AUUGACACUCAGUUAUGAAACUGCAGCCUCUUGUAUUAUUUAUUCCGGUCAUGUAAAUGAAUAUAUGGUUGUAUAACUCCGAAUAUUCCAAAAAUAUGGAUGGAGUAUUUUAAAUUGCUUUAUAACUACUCGAGACCUCAUGAUGAUUUUAACAUCAGUGAGAAUACAAGGACAGAGUUAUUCUUGUGAUAAAAAGGGGUUUUUAAUUCCGUCAUAGAAAUUAUGCAGCAUGAAAGCAAUACCAAAAUGAGAUCAGCUAGCAUGCAUGAAAUUGUAAACAGUUGUUCUUCUGUUCAGAGUGAUCGAAUUACAAGAUAUGCAAGCCCAAAUCGGUUUGAUAUUCGUGAUGCCCCAAGAAGUUUUUUAGAUUCUUAUAGGGCUUACAGAUAUUCACAAAACCACGGAGUUAAUUUAAGUAGAUCGAAACUCCGUUCAACAAUGCCAACAAGUUUUUCUUCGUAUACAGUCCCUUCACUGAAUGAAGUUACAUCUUCCAUGUCUACCUCAAAAUCCCUGGAUAUAAACGUUGUCAAGAAUCAAGAAGAACUACCUCUUCAAGGUGGUGACAGAUACUGUGAUAAAUAUAUAUCAUCCAUAUGUGCCAAGAAAGUAUCUACUAGAAAUCAACCAGUGGGCUAUGCAAACAGUGAUCAGUUAAACAGUAUUGAAAGACAUUCAUCUGAUCAUAUAACUACAUGCAGUAGUACUCCUAAUCAUAAUUCCAAUUCAUUUGUAAAAAUUUCUCAUCAUCAUACACCAAUUACAACAUCCCUAAUUUGUUCCUCUUCUCCUUCUUCUACCAUUUAUACAAAUGAACCAUUGGUACAUCGAAAUUCUCAUCCAGACCAACGUUAUUCAUCAUAUUGUCAAGCACCUUCAAACCAUACUAUGUCUACUUCUUUAUCGUAUUCAGAAAUUUCCAAACUGAAUUUAUCAUCUCAACAACAUUCAGUUAUAUCUCAAUCUAUUAAUAAUGAUAAUAAUAAUACUGUAUCUAAUGACGCCAGCAGUAGUAAUAAUGAUCGAUUAGAAUCUACAAUUAAUUGUCAUAUUGUUGCACAAAAAGAAUUUGAACAAACAUGGGACAAACAUAAUUCACAUGUGAUUUACGACUCAUGUAUCAAAACACCAAUAACUGAUCCAGGAGAUCAUUUAUCAACUAAUGAACAAAUUGAAAUGAAUAAGAAUAAAACUAAUGAGAAAAUGAUCACUUUUGUUAAUCAUCAAAAAAAUCCAUAUAUCAACCAUAAUAUAAAUCUAACUGAAGAUAAUGAUGAUAAUACACCAAUACAAAAACAAUAUGUUUAUCCAUUUAAAGCAAAUUCAUUUCGUUCAGUUAAAAAUAAACAUAAAAAUUCUAAUAAAAAUAUGAAUAGACAACAACAUCAGCAACAAAAAAUGAGAUCAAAUUAUGAAAAUGAGAUCAAUUUAAAACCAGAAAUUAAAUUAAUUGAUUCAAGACCAAGAACAAGAUUAUGUAUUCAAUCAGGCAUAGAAACUCAUACAAAAACAAUGACACUUCAAAGAAACUUAAUAACCGAUGAUAGUUUAAAUAGUAAUGAUUUAAAUAUGAUCGGUUAUAUUUCAUUACCUAAUCAAAAAAUAUCAACAAGAAAAAUAAUCAAUAAAUUAUCAACAUCACCAUCAAUGCCAUUACCAAAUGUAAUCUCUACUGAUCAUUGUAUAUAUAAUGUUAAUUUAUCUGAAAUAGAUCAUUAUAGUGAACCAUAUAAUAAUAGUAGUACAUGUGAAUCAUUAAUUGAAUAUAAACAAACAGAUAAAUUAAUCAUGGAUAAUCAAAAUGAUCCAGAAUUAACAGUGAAGCUUGAUAGAAUUGCUUGUGAAAUCGGAUUAUUACAUCAUCAGAGAAGAAUGGGACGUAAAAGUUCACUAUCUUCACAAUGUAAUGUUGAUGGUUUAAUAUCAAUAAAUAGUCCAUGUUCAGAAUCAAAUUUACCUAAAGCUGAUUUGGAUCAACUUUUAACAUUGGAAAUAUCAACUAUUGUUUCUAAUCCAGCUUAUGUUAGUUCAUCUAAAAAUGAUACAACAAUAACAACAACAACUCUUCAAACAAAUUCAACAUCUUUACAUCAUUCAAAAAUUACCGAUUCAAGACAUAAAACUCAUUUAUCGCGAGUUGAUUCAUCUUUAACUAAUACUAAUCAAAUCAAAUCACAUAAUCGACCAAAUAGUACAGGUAGUCGAAUUAUUAAAGAAUUUCUACGUCAUAUAUCACCAAAAUUAAGACGUAGUUUGUCAAGAAUUUCUAGUAGAAAAAAAUCUGAAAAUCAAAAACCAAAUCAUGAUGAUAAUCAUGAAACAAACUUUGAUAAUCUUCAACCUUCUUCUAAUUCAUUUGAACGUUGUAAAUCAGAACGGAUCUAUCCAAAAAAAUCACUUCUUCGAUUUAUUCCACGUUGUUCAAGUCGUUCAAAAGAACGUAAAAGGAAACAGGUCUCAACUACAGAAGCAAAUACUCAAAUCAUUCCAUCAUAUUCGUUGAAUACUAAUAUUAUGAGAAGUGAUACAAAUAAAACUACAACAGAUGAAGAUAAAAAAUCUAACAAUUCAUCAGAGAUCGAUCAACAAUCUCAUCCCUUGUCUCAUGAUCAUCACCGAGAUCAGUAUUAUUCACGUUAUUAUGAAAAUUACUUUAACAAGCAUCCACAGUCACGCCCUGUAAGUAUCGCUUUGCCAGUUGACAAGGAUAGAAAUGAUGAAAUUUCACUUCCACCGUAUAAUCAAUUACAAACUAAUUGUCAGCUUAAUCAGAAUAACACUCUGAAAACUAAAGAAUUUGAUCAUUUGACUUUUGAUGAUCGUCCAGAACCGACUUACCUUAAUGCUGCUUUAAAUGCAUUUGGUUAUGGUUGUAAACCAGAUUGGAAACAUUUUUGUGUUUCCCCAUCAGCUAGACGUUUGGCUCAUGCAAGACAGUCAAUGAAAGUAAAACAAAUUGAAGGUAAUUCAUGUAAUACAACCUUAUCUAACAAUAAUACAGAAUAUGAUGAAAUUUCGAACAAUAAAAAAAUGGAUUAUGAUGAUCAUGAAAAUGAAAAUAAAAUAACAAAUGAGAAAUGUACUGAUAGUAAACUUAAACAAACUAUUGAAUAUUCAUGUGAUAAUGAAACAAUCAAACAUGUAACUGUACCAAUAAAUAAGAUACAGUCAAUUGAAAAAUGUACAAUAAUUGAUGAUGAAACUAUGUUGGAUACAGAUCCUUAUAAAGCGUCUAUUGAACAACAGAAUAAUCAUUAUAAUAUACAACAUAAAGAUGAUCCAAUAAUUUUAUGCAAAUAUGUACUUGAUCAAUCUACAAUAGAUCAAAAUAGAACUAAUGAAUUAUUUGAUAAAUCUACUAAAUUAAAAGACAAUACUACUUAUCAAUCAUCAGAUCAAUUGUUAAUAAGUCUUACGACAGAUAAUAUGCAUGAACAGAAUGAUGAUGAUGAUAAUAAUGAUAAUAAUAAAAUGAAUUCAAAUAAUAUUAUAUUAGCUAUUAAAUCUAAAACACCACCAAUAAAACGUAGAAACACAGCAUUUGCUAUUAAAGCUAAAUCUGCCAGAUUAAAACAACCUUUGAAUAUAUUUAUACCAGCAAACAUUCGUUGUCAUAAUAAACUAUCAGCAGCAAUAUCUAAAGCCAAUGAAACUGAUUGUAUUCAAUUGAAAAAGAAAGAAGAACUUACAACUUUAUUUGAAGAUGAACAAUCAUUAAAGAAUCAAGACAUUACUGCUACUACUACUACUACUACUACAAUUAAUAAUAAUAAUACACCAUCAGAUAAUUUAUCAACAUUAUUCUAUUCAUCAUUAUCUAGAUCAUCAAGUUUGAAUGGAAUUAAUGAAUUAAUGAAAAGGUAUUCAUCUUCUUCAAAUGAAUUAUACAAUCAUUCAGACACUGUUCAUAAUAAUAAUAAUAAUGAUCCAUUUGAACAUCUUAAAAAUACUGAGAUUAAUAAUAAUUCUUAUUUAGAAUUAUCAACAAAUAAUGAUAUAGAUUAUGUAAUUCGUCUAUUGAAAUAUAUACAAACAUUUGAAUAUCAAUUAAUGAAUGUGAUUCAUUUAGCAAGAAAUACAAUUGAUCAGAAUAAUCAUUCUAUAAAUGAUGAUGAUGAUGUAUUAAAAUUGACAAAUGAAAACUUAAAUAAUGAUGAAUUAUUAACAGGUAUUGGUCAUAUACAAAUGUUAAUAAAUGGAAAUCUUACAAUGUUACGUAAAUUAUGCAAAGUUUACUUAGAAACUAAUACACAAAUAAAAAAACAACAAUCAAUGAAUUACAUUCCAUUAAAAAGUGAUUUAGAAGGUUAUUGGAAUUUAAUAUUAUUACAGUAUAGACGUUUUGAAUCACAAUUUCCAAUAUUAGUUAAUUGGAUUUCAAAUGAUUUUCGUAAUGAAUUACAAAUACUUAUUAAAGAAUCUCUUGGUGAUCUACCUAGCUGUUCAUCUGAAUUCAUCAGUUCUUCAUAUAGGAAUAAAGAAUGUAAGAAGAAAUCUACUAAACAAACAAAUAUAGCUUCAUAUAAAAAGAAAUUAUCUGGAAUCAAUAAAAAUCAUGAUAAAUCGAUACAAUUACAUAGAACAAUUCAACAACGUAUUAAUAAUGCACGUAAACAAUUAUUAGAGAAACAAAAAAUUCUACAUGAAAAACAUGAUAUGACUAUGAUUACAAAUGAAAAUGAUACUGGUGAUAAUUCUGCAUGUAAAAAUACAUAUUUUUAUACAAUUGAAUAUUAA